AUGGUGGAUGCUAAGGGCCGGAACAUGAAAUGUCUGACCUUCCUCUUGAUGCUCCCAGAGUCCGUCAAGAGCAAGUCACCGAGCUCUAAGAGCUCCAAAAAGACAGUAAACAGCGGCAGCGCUGCCGGGGGCAGUACCGGGUCCAAGCUGCCUCCGGUGUGUUAUGAGAUCAUUACCCUAAAGAACAAGAAGAAAAAGAAGAUGGCAGAUAUUUUCCCUAGCACUAAGAAGCAUGGUGAAGGGUCGUCCACCACCACAGUGCAGGAGUACCAACAACAGAACCUGAAUAACAACAAUACCAUUCAGAACUGUAACUGGCAGGGGCUGUACUCUACUAUACGAGAGAGAAACUCUGUGAUGUUCAACAAUGAGUUGAUGGCCGACGUUCACUUCGUGGUGGGACAGACCGGAGGGACUCAGAGACUUCCAGGACACAGGUAUGUUCUCGCUGUCGGCAGUUCGGUGUUCCAUGCCAUGUUUUAUGGAGAGCUUGCGGAAAACAAGGAUGAAAUCCGGAUUCCGGACAUGGAGCCUGCAGCAUUCCUGGCAAUGUUGAAGUACAUCUACUGUGAUGAGAUUGACCUGAGUGCUGACUCAGUGCUGGCCACGCUCUACACUGCUAAGAAGUACCUCGUGCCCCACCUGGCCAGAGCCUGUGUUAACUUCCUAGAGACCAGCCUUUCGGCCAAGAACGUUUGCGUCCUGCUGUCACAGAGCUGUCUGUUUGAGGAGCCGAAGUUGACGCAGCGCUGCUGGGAGGUGAUUGAUGCCCAGGCAGAGCUGGCCCUGCGGUCGGAGGGUUUCACUGACAUCGACUCACAGACACUAGAGAGUAUCCUCCAGAGAGAGACCCUCAACGCCAAGGAGGAGGUGGUGUUUGAGGCAGCUCUGAGCUGGGCCGAGGCAGAGUGUCAGAGACAGGACCUCACCACCUCCAUCGACAACAAACGCAAGGUGCUGGGCAAGGCCGUAUUCCUCAUUCGCAUCCCCACCAUGACAUUGGACGACUUUGCCAAUGGAGCCGCUCAAUCAGGCGUCCUGACCCUGAACGAAACCAACAACAUCUUCCUGUGGUACACCGCAGCCAAGAAACCGGACCUCCAGUUCGCCAGCCAACCACGGAAGGGCUUGUCUCCUCAGCAAUGCCACCGUUUCCAGUCCUGUGCCUACCGGAGUAACCAGUGGCGCUACCGGGGACGCUGUGACAGCAUUCAGUUCACCGUGGACAAACGCAUCUUCAUCGCCGGGUUCGGCCUCUACGGCUCCAGCUGCGGAUCGGCGGAAUACUCGGCUAAGAUUGAGCUCAAACGCCAGGGCCUUCUCCUCGGACAGAACCUGAGUAAAUACUUCUCUGAUGGUUCUAGCAACACGUUCCCCGUGUGGUUUGAGUACCCCGUGCAGAUAGAACCGGAUAUGUUCUACACGGCCAGCGUGGUGCUGGAUGGGACCGAGUUGAGUUACUUUGGACAGGAAGGCAUGACGGAGGUGCAGUGUGGGAAGGUGACCUUUCAGUUCCAGUGUUCGUCAGACAGUACUAACGGAACCGGAGUCCAAGGGGGACAGAUACCUGAACUCAUCUUCUACACAUAA